GCCGGCACCCCCGUCCCGUCCCGUCCCGCCCCGUCCCAUCCCGGCCGGUCCCGGCUCCCGCCAUGGCGCUGGGGAAGCUGCAGAAGGUGCUGAUCAGCGACAGCCUGGACCCCUGCUGCCGGGAGAUCCUGCAGGCCGGCGGCCUCCGGGUGCAGGAGAAGCCCGGCCUGAGCAAGGAGGAGCUGCUGCGGGAGAUCCGGGACUGCGAUGGGCUCAUCGUCCGUUCGGCCACCAAAGUCACGGCCGACGUGCUGGAGGCGGCGGAGAGGCUGCAGGUAGUGGGCAGAGCGGGCACCGGCGUGGACAACGUCGAUGUGGAGGCGGCCACCAGGAAGGGUGUCCUGGUCAUGAACACACCCACUGGGAACAGCCUCAGUGCCGCUGAGCUCACCUGCGGGAUGAUCCUGUGCUUGGCCAGGCAGAUCCCGCAGGCAGCUGCCUCCAUGAAGGAGGGCAAGUGGGACCGUAAGAAGUACAUGGGCAUGGAGCUGAACGGGAAGACGCUGGGCGUGCUGGGGCUGGGGCGCAUCGGCAGGGAGGUGGCCACCCGCAUGCAGGCUUUUGGCAUGAAGACCAUAGGCUACGACCCCAUCAUCACCCCCGAAGCCUCGGCCGCCUUCGGCGUGGAGCAGCUGCCGCUGGAGCAGAUCUGGCCCCGCUGCGACUUCAUCACGGUGCACACACCACUGCUGCCCUCCACCAUGGGGCUCCUGAAUGACAGCACCUUUGCCAAGUGCCGCCGCGGUGUGCAGGUGGUGAACUGUGCCCGCGGUGGCAUCGUGGACGAGGGUGCGCUGCUGCGGGCGCUGCGGUCGGGGCAGUGCGGCGGGGCUGCCCUCGACGUCUUCACGCAGGAGCCCCCGAAGGACCGUGAUCUGGUGAACCACCCCAACGUCAUCUGCUGCCCACACCUGGGCGCCAGCACGCGGGAGGCACAGAGCCGCUGCGGCCAGGAGAUCGCCAUGCAGAUCGUGGACAUGGCCACGGGGAAGGGGCUGGCCGGCAUAGUCAAUGGGCAGGCUCUCAGCAAGGCUUUCACACCGCAGACCAAGCCCUGGAUCGCCCUGGCCAGGGCCCUGGGCACGGUGCUGCGCACUGCGGGCAAGCAAGCGCAGGGCAGCGUGCAGGUCUGCACCCUAGGGACACCCCUGCGGGAGGCCGGGAGCUACCUGAUGCCUGCCGUGGCUGCGGGCAUGCUGGCUGGAGGGGUGCAGAAGGAGGUGACCCUGGUGAAUGCCCUGCUGCUGGCCCAGGAGGCUGGGCUGAAGGUCACAACCAGCCACGGCGACGUGGCCCCCGAGCCCGAUGGCAGCACCGGCUUGCUGCAGGUGUCCCUGCAGGGCACUCCGCACCGGGCGGCAGGGACAGUGCAGGGCAGCACCCCAGUGCUGCGGGAGAUCAAUGGGGCCACCUUCAAGCAGCCGGCCCCACUGGCUGGCCCCAUCCUCAUCUACAGAGCCAAAGCCUCUGAGCCGAACACGCUGCCCGCACUCGCUGGGCUGCUGGGGAAGGCGGGGGUCCAGCUCCAGUCCUACCACAGCUCAGGCACGGUGGCAGGGGAGCAGUGGAGCGUCGUGGGGCUCUCGGCCCCCCUGUCCGACCUCGGCGAGCUGAAGUCACGCAUCACCGAGGUCUUCCAGCUCCACCUCUAAACCCUGACUGCCAGCAAGGACUCUCCCCAUGGCCGCAGCACCUGGAACCCCCCUCAGCUGGGGGAGCAUCGCACCCGGCCGCCCCUGGCCCCCACGCUGGGCUUGGGGUAGCCCCACACUCAAUAAAGGGUCCAGAAGGAGCGAG